AUGGCUACAGUAACCAUUGAAGAGGGCGUAUCGCCACUCCAGACCAAAGAUAUCGCGACUCGGCUAUUGAACGGCACACUUCACUCCCAGUGGCCGGCGUUUGAACAAUUCGCAACCAUCGAUGGUCUGUUAAAAUCUCAUGCUGCUCAGCCAGAUGAGGCACAGCGACCUCUAGUAUGCUAUCCGAAUCAUGAAGCGGCUGAUUUCGAGGAGCAUACAGCCGGGGAUAUCGAUCGGUUUGCUGAUCUCGCUGUUCGUUUUUACAUGCAGCAGGGUCUUGCACCUGCGGAUCCAAGUCUUGAGCAAGCCCCUGUUAUUGCUAUGCUAGCUGGAUCUAGCUUCGAGGUCGUGGUGACUUUCUUUGCGCUGAAUCGCCUUGGCUAUGCUGUGCUUUUCUUAUCUACACGUCUCACGGCUCCAGCUUAUGCCCGGCUAAUGGGAAUAGCAAAUUGCAACCAGAUUGUCAACAAAAAACAACAUCAGCAAGUUGUAAUUGAUAUUUGCACUGAGCGUCCUGGUUGCAAUAGCUUCUCGCUACUACAAAGAGAGGACUGGUUCAACCGUCCUGUUAGUGCCCCUCUCUUUGAACGCCCGGGUGCGGAUCCAUCACGAGAAGGCAAUAAGAUUGCCUGGAUUCUUCAUUCUUCAGGCAGUACCGGUUUUCCAAAGCCGAUUUUCCUUACCAACCUUCAAACACUAGCCAACUUCCGAAAGAGCUUUGGGCUGCGACUCUUCACUAUCAGCCCACUAUUCCACUCCCAUGCUCUGAUGGAGCUUGGACGAGCAUUAUUUACCAGAGCACCAGCGUACCUGGGAAACCAUUCUCUUCCAGUCACAUAUCAAAAUCUUUUUGAAGCCCUUCAGGUGGCCCAGCCACAGCAAAUCAGCGCCGUGCCAUAUGUGAUCAAACUACUGGCAGAGAAGAAAGAAGGCAUUCAAGCACUGGCUAGGCCGCAACUCGUGCUAUAUGGCGGCUCCAGCUGCCCAGAUGAUCUUGGCGACCGUCUUGUGGCACAGGGUGUUAACCUGGUCGCUAAUUAUGGAGCGACGGAGACAGGACAAAUCAUGACUUCUUUCCGAGCUCCGGAAGAUAAGGAGUGGCAGUAUAUGCGACUGCACCGUCCUGUUGCGGACCUCACUUUGAUGGAUGAGAUCUCGCCUGGGGUUUUCGAAUGUGUUGCGUUGGAUGGCCUGCCGAGCAAGGGCCCUUCGAAUUCAAAGCCACCCUACAGCGCAAAGAACCCAGAGAACUCGUUCAGAACGGCAGAUUUGUUUACCAGACACCCUGAUCCAGAAAAGAAAAACUACUUCAAGUAUUUGAGUCGGCUGGAUGAUCGAAUCACGCUGGUCAACGGCGAAAAGGUGCUUCCUAUUCCUAUUGAGGGUCGCGUUAGAGAAGAGCCUAUCGUGAGUGACUGCGUUGUGUUCGGCUUCCAGCGGACUGUGCCUGGGGCUUUGAUCUUCCGUGCUCCUGGCAAGGUGCCUCACUUGAGCAACGAAGAAUUUUUGGACGUUAUCUGGCCAGCCGUUGAAGAGGCAAAUUCUCGCGCCGAGACGUUCUCUCGCAUCCCAAAGGAUCUCAUCGUGAUCAAGGGUGCUGAUAUUGCAUAUCCCAGAACCGAUAAAGGAACCUGUAUACGCGCCCAGGUUUAUCAGCAAUUUGAGGAGGACAUCAAUCAGGUAUAUGCCAAAUUUGAAGGGAGCGGCCAGAAAAGAGGUUCUCUCGCGCUCAGCAUUCCAGAACUAGAGAAUUGGCUCCUUUCAAGAUUCAGCGAAGACUUGGGCGUACCACUACCCGGCCCUGAGGCCGACAUCUUCUCUGCCGGAGUUGACAGCUUGCAGACCACGCAAAUCUGGAGGUGCAUCAUGCGCAAUAUUGAUAUUGGCGAGUCGGGAGAUAAGCUUUCCCAGAACGUUGUGUUCGAGAAAGGAACUAUCAAUGCACUGGCGAAGCACCUCUAUCAGCUGCGAACGGGUCAAGAAUCCGAGAAGGAAGAUGAACUUCAUUCCAUGCGCGAGAUGAUAGAAAAGUACUCCCGCUUCACUCAACAUUUCCCGACCAUCACCCAAAGCCCAGAAACAGAGGUUGUGGUGGUCACCGGCGCAACGGGUAACUUGGGAGCCUUCAUUGUCAAAGAAUUGCUACAGCGACCAACAGUCUCCGAAGUCUGGGCAAUCUUGCGUGCACCAGGACAAGCGGCGGCAGGGGCUCGUCUCUAUAAAUCGCUAGCAGAUCGUAACAUCACUCUUACCAAUACCGAAGCCGCAAAGCUUCAUGCCGUCUCUAGUGACAUGUCACAGUCCAACCUCGGUCUCGAAGAACACGAUCUGCAACACCUACUCUCGUCGUUGACAUGCGUGAUCCACAGUGCCUGGGCCGUAAAUUUCAACCUAGGCGUACGGUCAUUCGAGCAGCAGCACAUCCGCGGAACAUACAACCUCAUCAACUUCUGUCUGCGCUCCCGUCUACCCUCCCCUGCACGGUUCUUCUUCUGCUCCAGCGUUAGCGCUGCAAGCAACACGCCCAAGCCCGCGUCGAUCCCCGAGACUAUCAUUGAGGACUUGAAUCUCGCACAGAAAACUGGCUAUGGCAGGUCGAAGAUGGUCACUGAACACAUCACCCGUAACGCCAUGCUCCAGACAGGCAUGCAAGCCCGAGUUCUGAGAAUAGGUCAGCUUGGCGGUGAUACCGUCAGUGCUCAAUGGAAUGAGACGGAGGCUGUUGCGCUCAUGUUCCGAAGUGCUUUGACAACGGGCGCAUUGCCGGAACUUAAUGAGCGGGUUAGUUGGUUGCCUGUUGAUCAGUGUGGUCGGGCUAUCUCGGACAUUGCUAUGAAAAGUGCUGGAUCUUCCGAUGCCAAUUUGGUAUACCAUUUGGUUAAUCCGAGGAAUUUUAGCUGGAAGGGGGAUUUGCUUGCUGCUUUGAAGGGGAAAUCAGCCUUGCCAGAGUUUGAGGUUGUGUCUCCGCAGGAGUGGCUGAGGAGAUUGGAAUGUAGUGAGCAGGACCCGGAGAAGAAUCCGAGCGUUAAACUUGUCGAUUUCUGGAAAAACAAGUAUGCAGCCUAUGGCCAGCCUGAGGCAGAUGAAACUACUGCAGGAAAAAGGAAGAAUGGAGAGGUUGGACUUGGAUUCGAAACUGAGAUUACGGUUCACGACUGCCCCUUUUUGGCUCUUGUGGAGGACCCCGUCACUGAUGGUUUGAUGCAGAGGUACAUUGAGUCGUGGAUGAGACGAUGGAGUCCCUAG